ACACUACUGUAAUCCCAGACUUUGAUCACGUGAGCACAAACUUGGCCAAAUAGGAAGGCGAGUCUCGGUAGUUCGCUUCCGACCGCCAUUACAUUACAAUGCGUAGUGGGCUGGACGAUCGUGUGCGAAAAAAAAAAGGAAAACGCCACAGCGGCGUUUCGCGUAAAGCAAAACAGACACAGAGGGUGAGAAUGACACAGUCAGGCUACACGCACACUUAUUUACCAAUAUAAUAACACACUCCGAGAGGUAGCUGAGAGGAAGGAGGACGCUGCCGAGGAAACCCGUGCACAUAUUUUGAGGAUUUAAUUCAAUAAUCAAAUCAUCAUUUCUCGAGAAGGAGGAGGAGGAGGAGGAGGAGGAGGAUCGUUGUGGUUUAUAAAGAAAAAUUCUGCAGCAUGCAACAUUUUCUUCACGGCAGUGAUCGGCGCCACACCAGCUCUGGUACUUUUGUUUGAACUGAGUAUUUAAAAACAAAAACAAAACACACACACACGCACCUAUCAGAUGUGUUUUUUUUUGUGCACGACUGAGGCUGUUGUGGCCGUGAGAGGACGUUUCGUAAUGAUAUAAAACUGAAAGGAAGGAAGGAUUUUUUCAAACCUCCUACACAAGCCUGCUUGUCGUUUUCCUGGUGGCGGAGUGUGAGAAUAGUUUUUCUUGUCUCAACGGUUUGACUCAUGAUUCGAGGUUACUGGGAGCCCGCUCGACUUUUUGUCCGCCCUGCCACGGAGGAGCACCGGGGGCUUUUCUUUUUCAGCGACCCCCUCGUCCGCGGUCCGUUUAAUUCAAGAGCAACAGAGGGAUUAAACAUUCCUGCUCGCAGCGCCUGUUUGUACGCGGCAGGCUGGCUUACAUUGUGAGAGGAACGGUUGUGGUAAGAAAGAAGGCUAUAAAUAGCUCAUGCAAUUCUCGAAAACUAUCACAAGUGGUGCAUCAGCUUGUGGAGCAGACGGAAUCAGAUUUCCUGCAUGUAAUGUCUCGGCUCUGAGUUAAUUGUUUUGCAGAGCGGUGGAUAUUUUAUUAAAGAAGUUAUUUUGACUCUUUUAAAUUCGCUAUAUAUUUUUUUUUUGAGGGGCUGUACCUCGGCGCGGAAGAAAGGAGUCGUUUCCCCAUGGAUUAUGCCCAUUUAAUGAUGAAACUAUCAGCGGAAAACCUGAUAUGGAAACGAGCUGAUCUUCCUCUGUGUGUGGAUUGAAAUGGAUACAUUUGCCUUUGACAGUGAUCACAUUUGGAAUCGCCUGACCUGGAUGGUAACAAUGUUUUGAUUCCCCCCCACCGCACACGUUUUUUGGAUUUACAUUACAACAUUAUAUCCGCUGGGGCUUUAUGGAUGCAUUCUGCACUUAUUUUUGAAUACGCCCAUUCCUCUGCCCGACCAUCCCGAGUCUAUUAUCUGGACCUCUUGCGAGGUUAUAAGCCUGCUCGCGAAAAGGAAACGAUUUGUCAGCCCCUGCUUGGUGUUUUGAUACCGAUGUAGGAUUUCGACAUGCCCAGCGCUGACGACCCCAACGGCGGACCAUUAUGACUACAACAGCGAAUUGGGGGGCUAACGGGGCAAGCCUUGAGGACUGCCACUCCAACAUCUUUUCUCUGGCUGAGCUUACGGGCAUUAAAUGGCGCUGCUACUGCUUCCGCAGCGGCGGGGAGUACGGGCCGGUGAUCUCGGCCCCGGCCCAGGACGACCCGGUUCUGCGCAGCUUCAUGCGCUGUGUGCAAGCCAACCUGCUGUGUGUAUGGCGACGCAAGAUCAAACCAGACGCCAAGGAGCUGUGGAUCUUCUGGUGGGGUGAAGAGCCCAACCUCUCCGAAGUCAUUCAUCAUGAGCUGGAAGUGGCUGAGGAGGGGCUCUGGGAGUGUGGGCUGUCCUAUGAGUGCAGGACUCUCCUGUUCAAGGCCAUACACAACCUGCUUGAAAGAUGUUUGAUGGAUAAAGGAUUUCUGAGGAUUGGGAAGUGGUUCUUCAAGCCACAUGAACUGGAAGAAAAAUCUUUGGGCAACAGUAAACACCUAUCAUGCUCCUUCUCCUUCUUCCUCCACGGCGAGAGCAACGUCUGCACAAGUGUGGAGAUUGCCCAGCACCAGCCUGCAUAUCACAUCACAGAAGACCACAUUCGCCUCGCACAGACCUCCAUCACACCAGUACAAGUGAUCCUGAGUCCAUACGGUCUGAGCGGUACUCUGACGGGUCAGGCCUACAAGAUGAGUGACCCAGCGGCACGGAAGCUGAUGGAGGAAUGGAGCUACUUCUACCCAAUGGUACUUCAACACAAAGACGGAAGCGGAGAAAAGGAAACAGAAGAAGCAAGCCAGGCCUUUGAUCGCAACAGUCACGUGGCAGUCGAGGUCAUCGUAGGUGGGGUGAGGAUGACCUACCCAGCUGCUUUAGUGCUGAUUGCCCAUGGGGACCUACCGGUGGAGCAGCCUCCACCUGUUCCUGCAGCUCAGGGCCUCACCAGGGAGCCAAACCACUGCAGCGUGCCGCUCACACCGCCAACAUCACCGCAGCAGCCCUGCUCAGCGGACAGUGGCUUUGUGACAUCUGUGUCUAGUGUUCCCACGCCGGAUAGCAGCAUGGGGAUCACCAGCAUCAGUCCAAAGCAUUCUGGAAAGAAGCUAACCUGUCAGGUAGUCCAUCAGGCCUGGAGGGAAUGCUAUCUGAACCAGCCUCAGUAUGUAUCAAAUCAGCCAACUGACGUGACGCCUAAGAAGGAAGUGCCAAAUGGAGUAACCACGUGGGACUUUAACGAUCUGGGAGCGAGAAUGUCCUGCAGCUGUUCAAGGUUGAAGCAGCAGAAGCUGAACCUGACGGCCACAUCCACUGCCAACCCCCAGACUAGUGCCAACUCCGCUCAGUCAUCUGGCCCGUCAUUAUACCCUCCCCCCCUGGCCAAACACAAGACCAGUGAAAAGUCAGAAAAGGCUGACAAACAGUCCAAGAGGCCAGCCAUGAUCCCCUUCCACCAUCGUCUGUCUGUCACGCAAGAGGCCGCUUUGGAGCAGGAGUCAACAGGAGGGCCCCAGCUUGGGGGUCUUGUGGCGCUGGAGCCACCCUUGGAGCCUCUGGCUGCUCUGCCAAGCUGCAAGUAUCCCAAGUCCCUCUCCAAUGGCAGAAAAGUCUCAGAGUCCCUUCUCCACUCACCAAUGUCUCCUCUUCCGCCCACACUCAGCCCACACCCCCGAGUGCGGGACCCAGAAGUCUUGGAUGGGCCUGUGGAUAUGCCUGUCUGUCCAGAUGGGGCUUCAGGGCUGGGGGUGAUUGCCAGUGAGACAGCUAUGUAUACAGCUCUGCUGAGGCAGAGGGAGAAUGGAGCCGGAUGGUGGAGAGGCUUCAGGACUCCCAGGACUGAUAAGACUGACUUCAGACCCUCUGAACUCCCUUCUGAUAUAUUAGAGGAAGUGAAAACAGAGGCGGCCACUGAGGGAGCUCCACUAAAGAGAUUAUACACACAGGCUCACAAGAGAUUUAAAAUCUCAGAGGAGAGGGUGAGAGACCACAUCCACACUUUGGGCCUGUUCCAGCAGCCAGGGGUGGAGGCACUGCGGGAGCCUGGGGACGAUCCCUACGACUUUAAGGAAGGAGACAUUGAGUACACUUUCUCCACCACCAAGAGGUUGAAGGGUCAAGGGCGAGAACCCAGCAAGAAGGUCAAGCAGGGAGAAGAAAUCACCAGCAAUUGCACACUGCCUGAUGGGAAAGAUGCUAUGUCCAUUUUUAACUCGGCUCCAAAAUCAGAUGAGUCAGGUCAGGAUGACGGAGCUGCCAAAGCCAACCCUUCUCUGACCAGAGAAAAAGAUCUGGUGGUCAACAUCUCUGACUUAGACAACAUAUUUGAUGAAGACGAGGAAGAGCUGGGGACUGUUUACCCCAACCAGCACUCCACCAAGCUACCACUAACAACAGAAGAUCGCCCUCUGGGGAAAGAAGGGAGAGUUGCAGUCCCCUAUCCAUCAACAGUAGCAGACCUCCAGCGCAUGUUUCCCACCCCGCCUUCUCUAGAGCAGCACCCGGCCUUCUCUCCCAUCAUGACGUAUCGUGACACUCCGAGUCAAGAGGCCCCCCCGCCCAGCGGAGCAGCCGACCACCUGCCUGCUUUAACCUCUGCGCAGCUCACUGAAUACAGGAUGGAGACUGAGGAAGGCAUGGCCAGUCCUCGGCUGGAGGAUGUCAAGCCACAAAUAGGGUCCUCCAUGUUUGCUCCACUAUCCUGCUUACCAAGUCAGAGUCUGCCGCCGCUCAAGAUUCCUGAGCAAUGCUACUAUCGUCCAUCCUGGGCCCUCCUGCCCAAAAUGGAGCCUUUUCCAGCUGUCAUGCAUCCCCAGAAUAACACUUUCAUCAGAGAUGGAUACACAAACGUCCCCAGUGUCAACACCCUCACAGACCAGGAUUACGGCCAGAUGAGUGCUGCCACUGCCUCAGUGAGCACCACUGUUGGCAUCCUUCCAUCUCCUGCCACUCCCCGCUUUUCUGUGCCCACACCACGAACCCCUCGAACACCCCGCGGUAUUAACGCUGCAAGCUCUGGGCAGGGUUCAGUGAAGCAGGAUGGUACUGAGCUCAGCUCGCCGGUCUCCACACCCUCCACCAGCCUGCCUCUUAGCUCUGUAGAUCCCCUAGCUCGGCCCGGACCCUCCCUGCCUGAGGCCCACAGCCUGUACACUAUCCUCCUGCUCUCAGACUCCGUCCUCAACAUCUUCAAGGAUCGCAACUUUGACAGCUGCUGUAUCUGCGCCUGUAACAUGAAUGUCAAAGGAGCAGAUGUCGGGGUGUAUAUUCCUGAUUCCACUUGUGAAGAUCAGUACCGCUGUAUGUGUGGCUUCAGUGCCAUUGUGAACAGGCUGCUGGCAAAUGGCACAGGGCUCUUCUUGGAAGAUGAGCUGGAUAUUUUUGGUCGGACUUCGGAGGUGGGCCGGGCUGCUGAGAGGAGGCUGGCUCUUUGCCGGCGGGACCCAAGUAUGGGAGACCCCAGGGCCAAGAAGCCUCAGGAUGCAGCCCCUGCGUCUCCGUCAGUCAUGGUCCUCCUACAGGAGCAGUGUUCCCAACCCAUUUCUUCCUUGGCGUCACUGCAUCUCCCCCUCAGUUGUUCCUGCCAUGGUCGCAAGGGGGCACUGCUCCAUAGCUGGAUGUCUGAAAAGCAGUGGGCAGAUGGGAGUGAUGCCUGUGUUGAGUGUUACAAUGCCUUGGAACAGGGGCUGCAGUAUGUGGAUAACCCCACAGGAGGAAAAGUUGAUCCAGCUGUUGUCAGAAGUACCGUUCUUCAUUCCUGGCCUCACACGAAUGUGGUGGACAUGAGCAUGUUGUCGUCCCAGGAUAUGGUUCGUAUGCUGCUGUCUCUGCAGCCUUUCCUGCAGGAUGCUAUCCAAAAGAAGAGAACAGGACGGACCUGGGAAAACAUCCAGCAUGUUCAGGGUCCGCUCACAUGGCAGCAGUUCCAUAAAACGGCUGGGAGAGGCUCCUACGGUUCGGAGGAGUCACCAGAACCCUUGCCAAUCCCUACAGUGUUGCUGGGCUAUGACCGUGAGAGGGAGUGCUUGGCAUUGUCUCCUUUGGCGCUACCUUUCUGGGAGAAGUUGCUGUUGGAGCCUUAUGGCGGACAGCGAGAUGUGGCAUAUUUGGUGCUAUGUCCCAACAGCCCCUCUUUGCUGGCUGCAGCCCGGACCUUCUUCCAGGAGCUCAGCGCUGUUUACGAGACGUGCCGCCUUGGGAAGCACCGACCUUUGGCCAAAGUGUCCAGGGACGGCCUUGUACGUGUAGGGGAAGAAGUUGAGCCAGAAAAGCUAGAGGAACUGGACGUGGACCAAUGGUGUACUGGACCCUGGGCUGGACAGCAGCACGCCGACAACCUUAGCAAACUUAAACUCUAUGCUUAUGCCUGCAAGCAGCAACUUGGUCCCCAGCUGUCAGCCCUGCAUUUGGACAGCAGUCUUUUGUUGCCUCCCAAAGUCCAGCCUCCAUUAAAUCCCACAUCUUCAGCUCAACCUGCCUCUUCUGGACAACCUCAAGGUUGGGGCCCUGAUGGUGAACAAGGUCCAGGGGCUGCCAGUUCAGGAAAUGCUCCAACCCCAAGUGGAGCAACCUCAAACCAGACAGGAGAGACAACCCAACCAGCAACCAGCGAUUCCAAAGGGCCUUCCAGCGUCACAACACCAGUCAACACGCCAGCAGAAAACCCUGAACUCACUUCUGAGCAGUCUAGAAUCGGCAUCCCCACUGUGGCCGACUCGACGGACAACCACGCCAACCCACCAGCUAUUGUUAUUUACAUAGUGGAUGCUUUUCUUUGCUCAAGUGGAGCUGGAAAUGAAGGAGGAGAGCAAGAAGAGGGUGAUGAGGUGGAGGCAGGUAGCAUUUGGCUACUAGGCCUUCUCCGUUGCUACACAGAGAUGCUACAGACUUUGCCUGAGACAAUGAGACCUGCACUGGUGCUACAGGUGGUGCCAUGCCAGUACCUGCUCCAGCCAGCCAGUGGGGAGAGUCAUUUGUACCUGCAACAUUUGCGCUCCUUGGCCUUCUCCUGUUACUCUCAAUGCAGACGUCUUCUGCCCCAGCAAACACACAUCAAGUCCCUGACAGGCUUUGGACCAGUGUCCACUGUCAAUUCUGUACUUCAGAGUCCAGAGCAUCCCAGUCCACUGCAGCUGUACUCUCCCCCCUUCAUCCUUGGUCCGACUCGAUCCAAACAGCCAGAACAAGGAGAGAUAUGGGCAGAGCUCCCUCCCAAAUACAGUGUGCUCUUUGUUGGAUACUGUCUAUCACAUGACCAGCGCUGGAUUCUGGUAUCCUGCACUGACCAGCAGGGGGAGCUCCUGGAGACCUGUAUUAUCAACAUUGAUGUCCCUAACAGAGCGCGACGGCCCAAGUUUUCAGCGAGAAAGAUGGGACUACAGAAGCUGUGGGAAUGGUGCAUUGGCCUCAUACAGAUGACCUCACUGCCCUGGAGGAUUGUGAUUGGUCGAUUAGGCCGACUGGGGCACGGGGAGCUAAAGGACUGGAGCUCACUCCUUGGGGAACAUUCCCUCCAUUCAAUAGGACGUCAGCUAAGGGAGGCUUGUCGUAUGUGUGGUAUCUCAGCUGCUGACUCCCCGGCAAUCCUCAGCGCCUGCCUGAUAGCCAUGGAGCCACAGGGCUCCCUUGUGGUCAUGCCUGAUGCAGUGACCAUGGGUUCAGUGUUUGGCCGCAGCACGGCUCUCAACCUGCAGACCUCGCAGCUGAACACACCUCAGGAUGCUUCCUGUACACACAUCCUAGUCUUCCCAACUUCUGCCACCACCCAGCUGGCACCCAGCUCCUACCCCACUGAGGAUAAUAAUGAUGACAUGUUUGAUCUGCCCUUUCCUGAUGAACUGGAGAACGACAUCGGCCAUGACAUGAUGCUGAUCAACCUUCACCCUUCCCCUAACACCUCUCCUGUGCCCUCACCUGGCUCUCCGUCCGGGAUGGGAAUGGGAUCACAUUUCCACCACACCAAGAGCCAGGGAGAGCGCUUGCUGUCCAGGGACAGUCCACCAGAAGAGCUGAAGCAGCAGCCACUGGCUCUGGGCUACUACGUCUCCACCGCUCAGGCAAAUGGACUCCCACACUGGUUCUGGGCCUCCUGCCCGCAGGCUGAAAGCCAGUGUCCACUUUUCCUCAAGGCCUCCCUCCACCACCAUAUCUCCAUAGCCCAGUCAGAUGAGCUGGUGUCAGACAAGACUAAAAGGACCCCUCACCCCUUGGACUCAAAGACCACCUCUGAUGUACUCAGGUUUGUAUUGGAGCAGUACAAUGCCCUCUCCUGGCUGACAUGCACCCCUGCCACCCAAGACCGCCAGUCCUGCCUGCCUGUCCACCUGGCCGUACUGAUCCAAAUGUACAAUGCCAUCCUGAACAUGCUCUAGCUGUGUGACACUUCAAGAACAACUCUAAGAGGACCGACAGUUAACCUUCAUUUCCUCUGUGCCUACGCUUCCUCCUUCUGGGCACCAGGGAGCACCAGAGCUUUUCUGUUGUUUUUGUUAGCCAUGGAUUUGAUGGCCAAAUAAAGGAUGGGGCAAGUCAGACUCUCCCAUGCCUGGAAUGUAAUGAAUAAGAAGAGUGACAUGCUCUGAAAAAUUUUACUUUUUACUUGUUAAGUGCAACACCCUGCAACCCCAGCGCAGUUUGUAUUUUCACAACUGGUUCUGUGCGAGUUACGGUGCUUUCUGUGGAGGGAAACAGAUGGAUCUGUCCAACUAUGCCCAUUUUACUGACAUAUCACAACCUUAACUUUCUCCUGAUCUAAAUAGCAUUAUUUCUCACUUGGGCUACACCCCAUAGUGGCAUUUGAAGCAUCUGUGGCUGACAUUUACAGAGAAGCUCUGUGUGAUUCACUUCACACCCUUCUUAAAUGUGAAAAGGGACGUCUGUGCAGGGCCACAAAACUCCAUAUUGUACAACCAGCAAAAUGGCAUGACAACACACGCUUUGUUACAUCAAUGAUGCUUUUACAUUUUUGUACAGAACUGCACUGUUGAGCUUCUUGGGACAUGCAGUUGGGUUGUUGAAACUUUUAACUUUACUCUGAAAGGGGCAAAUGUCCUCAUUUACUCCAAAGUGGGAGCAUUUGAUAAUGGCACUUUUUUCCUCACCUUCCAAAGUGUUGCAGAUGUGAACACGAUGGAAAUUAUUUGACCAGUUAAGACAGAAUUGUUGUUUAUAAUGUAAGACAUACAUUUGCAAAGAAUUGAGACUUAUUUUUUAAUAUUUAAAAUAACAAAAUGAGAAACUUAAACAAGGCCUUUUUCCCAACUGACUGUUAAUUGUCUUGGGAACUGAAACAAAAAUUUCAUUUUAAUGCAAUUGUAAAGAUGCCAUAUUUAUACAAAUUAUAUCAUGUCAUAGAUAUUUGAGAUAUAUGUGUAUAUAUAUAUAUCUAUAUAUAUAUACACACAUAUAUAUAUACAUAUACAUAUAUAUAUAUGUAUAUGCAUAAAUAUAUAUUACCUCCUCCAAGCAGGCACUUAAUGCUGAGGGUGAUGGACACAACCAUCUUUUUAGAAGUGGACACAGUAUGAACAUUUAUCAAAGAAAAUGAAUUUUUUUGUUUUGUUUUUUAUUUUCUACAGAUACUGAACAUUUUACCAUUUUAUUUAAUGAGUUUAAAUUAAAGUAAAUGAUGCAGGAGAUACAGUAUACUCUAUAUUUAUAAAGUGUUCCUCUUCUGUAAAAACUUGAAAGAGGCUGUAGAAGAUGGUGGUAUUUGAACAUUGCAAGGUUGCUGAAUAUUUAAGAAUGAUGCUUUAUUUCAUCAGCUCUCCUAAAUGAUGUCAAGCAAACCAUUAGAAAGGCCUGUCUCUUCAGCUUCACUCAGUCUGCUCUUUGUUAGAUUCCUAGCAUGUUUGUAUAUACACUUUUCAGCUGUGUUUUUUGGAAUUUCUUAAAGCUGUACAUUUCAUGCUGGUUGGUUUACUUUCAAGUGAUUCAUAUCAAAGUUUUUUGUUUUUUUUUGCUGUGAGCUUUUUUUUUCUUUUUAUUAUACAGUAUACAGUAUAAAACUCAUUUAAUUACAGCCAAGAGGUUAAAUUGCCAAGUAAGUGUACAAAAAUGUACAGACAAAAGGCAAGUUUGCAAAAAUUUGUUACAUCUGUCAUCACUUUGAAUAUGAAACAGAUCCACUUUAGUAGGAGAGAUCUGUUACUUUUACACUCUUUUUUAGUAAAUUAUUAAAACUCUUGAAAAUGA